AGUAAGCUUUGUCAAUGGAGAAUCUAUGUUGAGGAAGCACACCUGUAUGGUAUGAUGUGUUUUUAUAAUUAGAUUUCACGUUGGUGCUAUUGGACUAUAUGGUGCACUGGUGAGAUGAAUAUAGUAUUAGCUGUUACUGCUGAAAUGUAGUUACAUGACUUCUAUGGUUCUUACAAUAUCUUACUGCUUCUUUUGUGCAAACCUGUAGCAUCAGAAGCUUCAGAGCUGAAGCAGAAGGCCGUCCUGAUAAAAACUCCCAACAAAAUGGUUCUCAUUGAUUGUGAAUCUCAAAAUUUUCCUUCGAGCUACGUGCAGUGGUACAGUCAGAGAGACGGAGAACCUUUAAAAAGGGUCGCGAUUAUUGCAACCAAAGAUCUGAGAACACCGGAAAUGCAAAAAAAGAACACAAAUUGGUACACUGAGCCUGGAUUUGACCAGGUCUCAGUAGAAAAAAUCAGGAAAUAACUACUUUCUAAAGAUUGUUAAUUUAAAGAUAACCGACUCUGCUACCUACUACUGUGCCUACUCGGAUUAUCACAGUGCAGACCACAUUGCACAUCCUGUGACAAUAACUCUCUUUACAGGCACUUUGCUAAUGCUGCCAACUGUUUUGGAAAUGCAGUAGGGAUGAACCGUUCAAGCAGCAGAAUGAUUUGAUUAUCAGUGGGGGAAGUCCUAUGGUUAGCUUUACAGGAACUGUAACCAUGGUGGAAAGGGGACUUGCAAGUGUGAAGGCAGAAUACUUUGUAUUUAUUCAGAUUUGCAACAAUAGCUAAAUUCAUUGACAUUUUGCAUGUUGCACGGUUUGGUGAGAACCAACCAAUUGAAAUGGAAUUCUGUGGAAAUACAAUUCAAGGCACAGCUUGACUGGUCCCCACCCAACCCUCUUUCUUCAUCCACCCCUUCAUCCUUGGACCCUGUUUGGCCACUUCAGCAGGUACCACCAAGCUUGCCUUGUAGACUUUUUGACAUAAUGUAUGUCACUGUGGAGAAGGAGGUGAUGGUAUUUGGCUCAGGUACAAGACUCAUUGUGACAGAUAAUGAAGUCAAAACACCGAAAGUGACCGUCUACCCAGCAUUUACACAUCAACACAAUGGAAGGACCACCCUGCUGUGUCGGGCCAGUGACAUGUUCCCAGACUUGGUGAGGUUUUCAUGGAAGAUGGAGAGAGAAGACGGCCGGUUGGUGGAGGUGCCUGAAGCAGAGAGAGAAGAGCUGGAGCAGAGGGAGGACGGGAGAGUGACUAGUGUGAUCAUCAUCAAGAACCAAGAGGCUAAAACUAAAAAGUACCGCUGUACUGUAAAGCAUGAAGUGGCCAAUAUCGAAGACAUUCCAAAAAGACACAAACAAGGGGAAUCAUCUUUUACCACAGCUGCCUCUGCACCACCCUUUCCACCUCAGAAUAAUACACACGUCUCUCCUACCAUCCUCGUCCCUGAAGAAGUGUUGCAGUCCAUGUGCAGUGUGAACCUGGCCUCUCUGGUUUACACUGUGAUGAUAGUGAAGAGCUUGGUGUACUGCUGUGGGCUCUCCCUCCUGCUGCUCCUCAGGGACAACAAGGGAAGUCCACCACACACCUGGAGAAAAGCUCAUUAAAACCUACAGCCACUGCUCAGUAAUAUUGCAUUACUACUACUGCAGAUUACGGCAGGAUCUGGAGAUAUCUAGUUUAUUUUUUUACAAAUACAAUUUACAAAAGGAAUGUUUUAUGGGCUAUUUUAUGUAGUGCCAUUUUUUGUAUGCAUAUAUAUUUCUCAUUUAUAUUUUAAUACCAAAACAAAUACUAUUUGAAUUGAAUUAAUGACUGUUAACAUAUUAAUUAACAGAUGAAAAUUCUUCCUCUAUAUCUAAAUGAUCAGUCCACCCCACACCUGGAGACAUGAUCAGUCCACCCCACACCUGGAGAUAUGAUCAGUCCACCCCACACCUGGAGACAUGAUUAGUCUACCCCACACUUGGAGACAUGAUCAGUCCACCCCACACCUGGAGACAUGAUCAGUCCACCCCACACCUGGAGACAUGAUCAGUCCACCCCACACCUGGAGACAUGAUCAGUCCACCCCACACCUGGAGACAUGAUCAGUCCACCACACACCUGGAGACAUGAUCAGUCCACCCCACACCUGGAGACAU